AAAAUAAAUGCCACUUAAUUACCAAUUUUUGAUUUAUCUGAUAUAUUGUAUUUUUUAUUUUAGGUUUUUUCUCCAAAUUUACAAAAUGAGUUGCACUGAUCAAGACAUCUUAAGCCAACAAUUCCAAGAUGCCAAUGAGGUCAUACAGCAACAUUCAGAUGGUAGUCAACAAUACCAACCAGAAUAUAAAUGCUAUGAGAAUUUCAACACCCACCAGAUGUAUUUUAGACCCAACCCAAACUAUUAUUCUGUUCCUGAAGCACCAAUAAUCAGCUGGAGUGAGAUGCCAAAUUGGGCCCACACUAUUCCAGAUGGACCAAUGCCACACAACUAUACCAGCAGCCCAGAAAAUCAGCUUGUCUAUUCUGUCUUCCCCCCACCUAGAAAUGGGAAAGGGAGAAAAAAACUACGGCUUUAUGAGUAUCUCCAUGAAGCUUUGUACGAUACAAACAUGUCUGAGUCAAUCCAGUGGGUCGACAAAGGCAAUGGCACCUUUCAGUUUGUGUCCAAAUACAAGGAAAAGCUGGCUGAGUGCUGGGGCAAAAGAAAAGGCAACCGUAAAACUAUGACCUACCAGAAAAUGGCCCGGGCUCUGAGAAACUACAGCAGGACCGGAGAGAUCAUUAAAAUCAGACGGAAGCUGACCUACCAGUUCAACCCAGUGGUGUUGCAGAGACUCAAUCCGGCUCAUACAUUGGGAAGGGAGACUGUGUACUACCACUACAUCCCAACAGAGCAGGGUUAUUGCAACAUAGAUAACUGGCAAAACACAUACGGUAAUUACACCUGCGAAACAGAGUAUGAUUUGAACUAUUCAGUAAUCCAAAGCCAAGUUCCAAGUGACUGUGUUUAGCUCAGCCAUCACAAUGUAAAACAUCAAAUAACCAGGUGGACACCAUACAAAAAAAACAAAACAAUGCAAUCUGUUUCAUAGAGUCUCAUUUUAAACACAACCAUUUUGGCUAUCAAUAAUGACAAUUUGCUACUGACACAUUUAAUGUUUUCAACACACACACUAUUUUUUCAGUUCAGUUUGGGUCACCAGAUCUUUAAACAGGGCCAGUAAAGAAACACUGUCAUGCUCCUAAUCUGAGAUUGCUAUAUGAUUAAUGAAGAAAGUUCUUUUUUCUCAUGAAUUAAGGAAGUCAUGGAAUGAAUGUAUGAAUUCCAGUGACCCAAAAAACUAUUGGUUUCCAUGGUCUAUAACAUUUUAACUACUUUUGUAAGACAGUUUCAAUAUUAAGCACGUAAUUGCAAUUUUAAUUGUGUAAUGUAUAAUAAAGUAUUUAGAAAUGUUUUCCCCUGUAUGCAUGUGAGUGCAUUAUUUUUUCUGUAACAGUGAAUUGUCAGUCAUAUGAUAUAAAAAUGGGGCAUACAUUUUAUUUAACAGUUUUGUUUGAAAGGAUGUCUUAA